UCCAUCGUCCGUCAGACCGUCUCUGAGCCGUCGGAGCGUCCGGAGGAGAGCUCACGCCUCGCAGCUAACAGGGCGCCCCGCGGCCGGCCCCCGCUGCCCCCACCACCGGCCCGCUCCCGCUUCUCAUCUCUGGCUUUUUCUCUCGGAGUCCUCCCGGGGAUGGGGGGAUGAUGCGCACCGACCCUCCUCUUCUUCCUCUACCUCUCGCCAACACCGCUGCUCCGAAUCCGCGCCCUCCGCCGGAGCUGUGCCCAGGAUGGGGGCUCCGCUACUCGGCCAGGCUGCGGUGCUCGCGGCCCUGCUGGCGCUGAGCACUUGCCUCACAGGAUUCCAGCAGUGUCCUCGGAGUCUGGACUGCGCCCGGGCCGGCCGGGAGUUCUGCCUGCCGGGCGGCUCCCGAUGUGGCCCCUGCCUGCGGCCCCUUGUGGAGAACUCCAGAGGGCGCUGUGUGGUUCAGAGGAGACACUCUGCUCACUCUGCUCACUCUGCGCACUCCGCUCACUCCAGUAAAGAUAAAGUGAAAAGUUAUCCCGAGCUGGACGAGGAGAUCGACUUCCUGUCGGCCGUCAUCAGCGAGCAGAGGACCCAAUCCAAGCUGCUAGCCUCUGAGGAACCCAAACAGCCCGACUCCGCCCCCAGAGCGCCUCCAACAGAGCAGAGCGCCAAUCAGAGCGUGGCUCCGCCCACCACCAUCACUACCGCCGCCCCCACCGCCACAAACCACACCCCCACUCUGCUGAGGGACCCCGUCAUCGUGCCCUACCCCUCCAACGACCACGCCUUCAUCGUCCUGAGCAGCGUGUUCAUCGUGGCCGGGUCGCUGGCUCUGCUCGCCGCCGGAGCCUGCUGGGUCAGAUUACAGAAAGGAGUGCGUCUCACUCAGAAAGUGGACUACCCUGCUUACGGACUGAUGAAGGCUCAAACCUUCGACAGCAUGCCUGGGGACAAGAAGCUGGCCCACAGUGCUCAGAUGUACCACUACCAGCACCAGAAGCAGCAGAUGCUCUCUCUGGAGAAACACAGAGACGAGCCAAAGGUUCCCGACUCUGGAGCAUCAACGGACGAGGAGAACGAGGACGGAGACUUCACGGUGUACGAGUGUCCCGGUCUGGCCCCGACGGGUGAAAUGGAGGUGAAGAACCCGCUGUUCGACGACUCCACGCUUUACCUGCAGAGAUUCCACAAGUAAACCCGGGACGGUUUUCACAUAAGGAAUGCAGCGCAGUUUGACCUGUGCUCGAAGUCCAACUCUUAUUGUUGGACCGGGGAUGGACAUUUGACGGAUCAGAGCACUGGCUUCCUGUCUGAAGUAGGACUGAAUCUGGGACCAAAGUCUCCCAUCUUUUUGUUUUUCUGUUGUUUUUUUUCUUCUCAUUAUUGUAGCUUUGAGUACUUCACAGUGAAGUACUGCGCUGUACGCUAAAAGAGGACUCUGGUUUAUUUUUUCCCGUGGCUCAGCUGGCGAAGCUAACUCAACAACAUCUCAUUCAGACCGCUAAUGAUAUGUAGCAUUAGCAUUGUUCCCAGAAUCUUGGUAAACAAGACAUUUUAAAAAGAAUUGGGCAGAUAAAAACUGUUCAGACCAAAAGUAAAUUGUAUAUUUUGUUUGUCAUCGGGGAUGGGCAUUCCCAAUGCUAGUUAGCAUUAGCAGCUCUCUUGCAGACUAUUGAAAAUGUAAAGAGAAACAGCAGUUUGUGUAAUGUUCAGCUUCUUCAUAUUGUGAUUAAGAGUUCCCUCAAGCUAGCAAGAUCUACGUGGCUAGUUAGCAUGAAACACUGUUUCAGGAAGCUUAAAAAACAAACAAAAAACACGUGCCUUCACUUAUGUAGCGGAUUUCCCCGUGCUUUAGCGUUCUCGAAGCGUUUCACACAAUCAGCGACAUUCGCAGAUGCACAUCUGGAGCGUCAACAGGGGAACAAAUCCUUAUUGUCAGAAGUGUUUUCAUGGACUAUCUUCAGUCUGCUGUCUCAAAUAGAGAUCUCUAAUGCUAGUUAGCGUUAGCAUCCUCCUGCUUAUUGGUCUAAGACAGUAGGAGUUGUCUUUAUAAAAAGAUCUUAUUUUGUUUGUGUUGAGAAUCAGUGAGAUUAAAAGAUGGAUUAACGUUCCAGGCACGUUAUUAAGGAACUUUUACUUGACAGAGUUGAACAAGCAUUAUCCGAGCCCAAACAUCCCCCUAAACAGGGUGGAAUAAACCAGAAUUCCUCUUGUUUUCUUUUGCCUUUGAGCUAUGAUCAAACUUUUCCCAUUUCUGUAUUUAUGAGUAAACCAUAACCCUCCUGGGUUGGGCUCUCAGAGCAGGCAGUGGUUUUAUUUCAGUAUUUGUUUUAAAUGAGGUUUUAAACAUGAGCUCUGCGCAGCACCGUGAUCUGUAUCCGUACGUUCUGUAGCCUUUGUGUUCUCAGUCUAGUUCUUCUAUGCAUGAAGUGAUGACGCUUUGUACGAAACCCGACCGUCAAUAUGCAUUUAUACUUCUGACAAGUUUCUUCUGCAAACUUGGUAACGACCAUUAUACGGAUCUAUAGGAAUAUAUCUAUAUAUAUAUGAUAGAACUUGAAUGAUUUCAAAGGAAUUUGAAACUUCUUUAUCUGAACUCUGAAACAGAGAACCCAGCCUGUACAUACAGUACCUGACUAACAUGGCUUGUCCCCAUGGUUUUGUGACGUGUAAAUAGCUGCUACUGCGUACAGCAGACGAGAUCCGACCUCUCACUCUGCGUGUUCCUUCACCGUUCUCUCGGUUCUUUCUUUAUAUUUGCACACGCUUUGUGAAGUCCAUGCUGUAACCCUUUAUAAGGUACUCACUCAAAUACUCUCCAUGCCCACACAAUCUAGAACUCUGAAAGAUUCUGGACCUCUGACACAUCAUUCAACUCUCACAUGUUAUACCACUCUGGGAUUGUACUUGAAUUCUGACAUUGACUAGAACUAUCACACGUUCUAGAACACACAGACUUUAGAAAACUCUGAUGGUCUAAAACACACAUUGUAGAACUCUGACACAUCCUAGAACUAUCACGAAUCUCCCAGACAUUCUAGAGGUCAAACAAAUCUGGCAUUGUAGAUCUCUCACUGAUUCAAGAAUUCUGGAAGAAUCGUGAUGUAAUCUGGAAUGAUCACAUCCUGGAACUGUCACAGACAUUAAAUUCUAGAAGUAUGACAAAUGCUCAAAUGCUCAACACAUCGUUAAAUUCUGAAAAGUUCUAGAAUCCUGACAUGUUCUACAGCUCCACAUAUUCUAUAGUGCUGGAGACGUUUGAGAGAUCUGACGCAUUAUAGAACUCUUAGACAUUCUAGAAGUCUUGACACUUUGUAUUCCUUGUUCGUUCCUGCGUUCCAGGUCUGAUUGUCUUCUUUCGGGAGCCAGUCACACUAACGUACGUACAGGACACACCUACUGCACACACACCACGGGCGUCUGGCAGGGUGUUUGAGACUGCUGAAAACACGUAAUUGUUUGAACAACCGCUCUGAAGGCGGGUAGCCACUCACAGUGAGAUGUCGGUCUGCAAAGUCCGGAACAGCGCUGACAUGGACACAACGAGCUCCUCCAUCGUUGGCUUCUAUAUGGAGUGGCCGUUGAGUUAACUACAUAUGACGUAGUGAAGUGGCUCCCAGUUGGCUCCUAGCACACGGUUCUUAGGAGUUGCUACGUCGGAAUCGGCUUAGCUCCAGCGCUGAACUAGCUACCUGGAAAAAGGGUUUGUGUGCCCUGAGUGUGCCCUGCUGUCUGUCCAUCAGGCUCCAACAUGUGGCCUCUUACUGUCCUCUCAGGAAGGUCGCUCCACUGCGGCUCCUCCACCAGACCUGCUCAGAUCAGACGGACUCCAUACUGUGUGAGAAGGAAGCAGGCCUGAGACUGUUGACUGUGUGCCGAGUUCAACGAACAAACUGACUGUUGGGCGUUUGAAACACAUCUCAUCUUUGACUUUUUUAAUGUUAUGUAGCUCUGCUGCUUUUCUUCCUGUCUGUAGACACACACACACCUCUAUGCUCAUCCUCCAUGAUGACGAUGAUGAUGAUGAUGGUUGAUCUCCUCACUACCUAUAAACUCGCUGACCUUUGAUACUGACUGUUUUCACACUCAAUGUUCGGAGCUCUUUACACACGUGUUGACCACCAUGUUUAGCAUGCAUGUGGAUAUAGCAGAGCUGAAAAGAAACCAAUAAAUAUUUCUAUAAUCUGAAGU